AUGUUCUACAAGUUAGGGCAGUUACGAUACAAGCGCAUUCAAAAACUUGGGCAGGAGCAUCUCCGGCGGCACGACGGCUCUAUCAUACUCCGGGACAAUCGAAUCGGAAAAGCGUUUCAUCCAUGGCACAAGCAGCCUUCCGGUAGCCUCGAGACCUUCUCGCUCGUCAACACCAUCCGAAAAGCAAACUACGUACUUGCGAUCCCACAUCACCAAGACAAGCUUCUGCGCCGGAAACCGCGCGACAAGCCAGUCCUCCCCCCUCGACACCAAUCGCGAACUCAUGCUCAUAUCGCCUCGGUCCCAUCGAAAUAG